UCGGUGAUUUUCUUCGAUUCUGUGCUCGGGUUCAGGCAUUUUGUUGGGAUUUUUGAGAAGCUCUUGUGCUGCGCCUGCGCAAGAAGGGUUCGGCGGUUUCGUUUUCUUGGGUUGGAUCUUUCUGGGAGGGGACUGGGGUUGGGCUCGAUGUGGAGGUUGAAUUUGUGAGUAGAUCUCGACUAGGAGGAUGCCGGUCUCGACGCGGGCGCAGGCCAGCUCGGCCGGCGGUGGCCAGCCGUGGAGCUCGGCGGCGCCGGGGUCGGCUCCGGGGCACGACGGCGGGGCGCGGAGGGAGACCCUGACGAACCACCACCACCACGGCCUCAAGGAGAAGAUGCGCGCUCUCACCCUCUUCUACGAGCAGCACAAGCAGCAUCUCGCGUCGUCGCAGGGCGCCGGCGCGCGGAGCCGCCGCAGCAUCCAGUAUGCCGUCGGCGAGGUGGGCGGUGACGAGAACGGGAGGAAUGCCGAGGAGGACGUGGCGGCCAAGCGCCACAACGCCGUCGUUGCUCCGUCCUCCGAGGCGGCGGUGCUGAGGGAGAACGUGGCGCCCCCGGAGGAGCGACCUCCGCCUCCCAAGAGCAACAACGUCGUCGUGUUCUCCAGGCCGGCCGACCUAGUAGAGAAGGAAAACGUGAGCCGCGGCGGGAUCGCCAUGUCCUGCCCCAUCAAGAAGGCGGCGCCGGCGGCGCUUCCUGCGCCGGCCGCCAGGAAGCUCUCGCUAGGAGGCGGCGUGGCCGCCAGGCUGAAGGCCGCGGGUGAGGCUGCGGCCGGCAAUUCCGACGCCGCCGGCAGCCGAAUCCUUGUGUUCGUCAGGCUGCGGCCGAUGUCGAGGAAGGAGAAGGAGGCCGGGUCGCGGAGCUGCGUCAAGAUUGUGAACAAGAAGGACGUGUACCUGACGGAGUUCGCCUCCGAGACCGACUACCUCCGGCUGAAGCGGGUGCGCGGCCGCCAUUUCUGCUUCGACUCCUCCUUCCCCGACACGACGACGCAGGCGGAGGUCUACAGCACCACAACAUCAGAUCUUGUGGAGGGUGUCCUGCAAGGCAGGAACGGGACAGUGUUCUGCUACGGAGCCACAGGGGCCGGGAAGACCUACACGAUGCUUGGGACGAUGGAGAGCCCCGGCGUGAUGGUGCUCGCCAUCAAGGACUUGUUCACGAAGGUGAGGCAGAGGAGCCACGACGGCAGCCACUCGAUCCAGCUGUCCUACCUCGAGGUGUACAAUGAGACAGUGAGGGACUUGCUGUCUCCUGGUAGACCCCUCCUCCUCAGAGAAGACAAGCAGGGAACUGUUGCUGCUGGUCUUACUCACUAUAGAGCAUACUCCACAGAUGAAGUAAUGAAAUUACUUCAGCAGGGUAAUCAGAAUAGAACCACCGAACCAACUCGAGUCAAUGAGACCUCAUCACGCUCCCAUGCAAUCCUGCAGGUUGUUGUGGAGUAUAGAUCCAUGGAUGGAGGCAGCAUAGUGACGCGAGUUGGAAAGCUCUCUCUCAUUGAUCUUGCUGGAUCAGAAAGAGCCCUAGCAACUGACCAGCGCACGCAGAGGUCAAUUGAAGGCGCGAACAUCAACCGCUCGCUCCUUGCACUCAGCAGCUGCAUCAAUGCGCUUGUGGAGGGGAAGAAGCACAUACCAUACCGCAAUUCCAAGCUAACACAACUCCUGAAGGAUUCACUUGGGGGCUCCUGCAACACUGUCAUGAUUGCAAACAUAAGCCCCUCAAACCUUUCCUUUGGGGAGACCCAGAACACUCUUCAUUGGGCUGAUCGUGCCAAGGAGAUAAAAACCAAGGCAUUAACCACAGCUAACGAGGAGGUUUUCAAGGUACCAGAUUCUGAUACCGAUCAGGCAAAGCUAGUGUUGGAGCUGCAGAAGGAGAACAGUGAGCUGAGGCAGCAGUUGGCACGGCAGCAGCAGAAACUUCUGACUGUUCAGGCUCAGACACUUGCUUCCAAUGCCUCGCCGCAGCAAUCUCCUGCUCCAUCAGCUCAAAUAUCAACACCAUGCUCAACUCAAAGAAAGGUGAAGCGUUCUAUCCUAGCUGGGAAUUGCCUCAACACACCAGAUUCCAAAAGACCGGCAGCCGACAAUGGGCUGGUCCGGGAUCUGCAGAGGAAAGUGAAGACCAUGGAGGCUGAGAUCGAGAAGAUGAAGCGAGAGCACCUUCUGCAGCUCAAGCAGAAGGACGAGUUCAUCCGUGAUUUGAUCAACAGGAAGGGUUCAAAUGGCACCGAAGCAGCAACAUGUGAGAGAAGAGUGGCCACAAGAGCAAGCGUGCGAAAGGCACAGAAAGAUGCAGCAACUGCAGGCGAGCUAAAGAGCCCUAGCCACCGGUUUACAUCACCAGCGCCAACUGCUAAGAAGCGUACCUUCUGGGACAUUGGAGGCAACAGCCCUUCAACACUUGCAGUAAAUGGACGAAAAACUCGAAGCCAUGUAGCUACUGAAACACCGAAGGGCACUUCAAUGCUACUUCAGCCUGGAUUUGCAAGGCAAAGAGCGAUCCAUUGAGACAACGCUUGAGAGAAGUUUGAUUACAGCAGAUAGAGAUGUUCAUACAAUUUUUUUUCGGCCUUAUUCAACUGUGUUAAUUGGAGUCAGUUGAAGAACAUGUAUCCUAGUUUGAGUUCAGUUUGUCUGAGCAAACUGAGUCUCCAUAGUGUUUUCUUAGCUAUUCUUAACCCAUUUAAAUUUGAAUUAUUCAACUUGUAGAACAUUUGAUUUGAUCAGGAGGGAGAAAGAGAGUGUGUCUGAGCUGAUUUUUAAGUUAAUAAUAAUUGAAGACCCCAAUUUGCUUACUGUAAAAGUCAUUUUUGUAGCUUAACAUUUUCCAUUCUAAUGUUCCUUCAAA